GUGCCCUCUCACACCCAAUACAUCCCCCCCACAAACCUAUCAUGAUGACUACCGCAUCAGACGAACAGUUGGAUUUAUGAAAAGUUGCAUGACUACGUGCGAGUACUUAACAGUAUUUCACAGGUUACACUUUUAAGCGCCUUAUCCUUUGCCUUAUGUCCACAGGCCUGUGCGAGACGAAUUUCAACUAGACUCAAUUUGUUGUCCUGUUUCAAAGAAAGGAUUUAAAAGAUUAUGCACUGUACCUGCUCCACAAGAUGGCUAUUUGCUGUUCUCGCCUUUGUUGGUAUCUCUACUGUGCACGUCCUCCGACUCAACCUCAGUGUCGUCAUGGUAACGAUAGCAAAGACCAAUCACAGUGCACAUUUGCAGUCACAUGACAUUAACGCAUCGACUCAGACAUGCUCUCGCGCAGAAGAGAAAGGAAUGUAUAGUUCAUCAAAGUCAGCUGAUUUGAACCAAACCGAGUUUGAAUGGAGCAGUAACACACAAGGCCUUCUUCUUGCCUCUUUCUAUAUUGGUUAUGCUGUCAUGAAUGGACCGGUUGGGUGGCUCGCUGACAGUUUUGGCGGGAAAUGGCUUUUUGCAGGUGGUGUGACUGUCUCUGCUAUUAUGAAUAUCGCUGCACCUAAAAUCAUACGUACCAGUCUACCGCUUUUCUUUGUGACCAGGGUUGUAUCUGGUAUGGCUGAGGCCGUCACUUUUCCAUCAUCGAACACAUUGGUAACAAAGUGGGCUCCUGAGAAGGAAACAAGGAUGACGUCAUUGAUAGUGGGAGGAUUUUCAUUUGGAUCGGCUGUUGGUCAGUUUUUCUCAGGAAUGAUCUGUUCCUUCGUCGGUUGGGAAGCUAGCUUCUACAUAUUUGGUUGUUCUUGUUUAGUUUGGGUACUACUCUGGGCAUUGUUGGUAUAUGAAGAACCCGGGGACCAUCCGUUCAUUUCGGACGAAGAGAGAAAAAAGAUUGAGAAUAACCGAUCUCGUGGAUCUGUUUCCAAGGUAAAGGUGGCCACACCAUUAUGUUCUAUGACGACGUCGAUGCCCGCGAUUGCUUGGUUUGUUACUAUGGUAACCAUAGCGGGAUUUGUUGUUUUCAUUCUUAUCACUGAUCUUCCACUGUAUAUGAAACACGUUCAACAAUUGGAUGUCGCAGAGAUCGGAUUUCUACUACCCAUUCCAUUUGUUGCUCAUUGUGUUAUGAUGAUGGUAUUUUCUUCCUUUUCCGAUGUGCUGAUUAAACGAAGAUAUCUUGGAGUUACACAGACCAGGAAACUUGUUGUAAAUAUAGGUGCCGUAAUAUCAUCGGGAUCUCUCCUAGCUGCAUCACACAUUGGAUGUAGCCACUUCAGCUCUGUCGCUCUGAUGACUACGGCAAUGGGUGGAGUCGGUAUCUCCUUUGCCGGAAUCUUCGUCAACGCCCAGGACUUGGCGCCAAGGUUCGCUGGCACACUGUUUGGCAUUGGGAAUGCUUUCUCUGUAAGCACGGGUUUCGUCGGACCCGUCAUUGUUGGGCUGAUGACAGAGGAUCAGAGUGAUCCAGAAGGAUGGAGGAGAGUCUUUUACCUAACGGCAGGACUUAGCCUUUUCGGUGCCAUCUUCUUCCAGUUGUUCGGUUCUGGCUUGGAGCAGGAAUGGGCCAAGGGCAAGACAAUUUACUCAUCUCUAGAACAACCAACUUCCGGACAACCAUCCAAAGAAACAUCAUUCCAGGGGAGCGUUUCAUGAAAGGACUUGUCGGACGUUUUAUCCGACAGUUACCAUAGUUUAUCAGUGCUUUUCGGCCAAUCAAAUUCAAGGAAAAUUGUCAGAUCUGACAAUAUGUCGGACAAAAAAUGUUGAUGAAAUGCUCCCCUGAAAAUCAAACCAGAGACAGUAUGUCCUCUGAAGCCAACAAGACAACUGUACCUCUGCAUGACUAACCCGAGGAGAGCUGGGGUUAAAACUCUUUUAGCCACAGUGAGUAAUACGUUCAAGACAAAGACUUUAAAAGCAAAGGUUACUGCCUUCGUCCCAUCUUAGAUUCAGAUGUAUCAUUUCUGCAUAGUUUACGUACACCAAACGGUGUGAAAGGAUGAGAUCCAGACAGGAUCCCGAGUAUUCUGAAAAUCACGUACACGAAUUAUCAUGCAUCAUUUUUUUUUACUAGGAAGAAGACUAGUUCGCCUACAGAAUGCCUCGCUAAUUCUGCUCAUUACUCAGCAAUUACAACAUUUUUUUCCCAAAAGGAACAAGGCUCUGUCACAUCGUUCCGUGCAAGCCUUGCGGACGACUUUUUGCUAAACGCAGGUCGCCCGUGUUGAUAGUAUCUCGCAUGCAGUUGCUCGCAGAAGCGCACGCAAGUCUGAUUUGCACGCUUGAAAGUUUUGAACAUGAUCAAAACUUUGUAGCGGGUGAGUUGCGGGCAAUCACCUGCAAGGCGAUAUGCAUGACAUCAUGAGACAUCAAAUCGCAAGAAGAUUUGUAUCAGUCGGUAGUAGUUAAAACUCUGUACACAAAAGGAUAAACAUUUCAUUCGAAGUAUUCCAGUUGUCAUUCCAGUUGUUCUUCAAAACAUCCGGGAAACUGAAAACCCCAUUUCCAAUCGAACAAUGAUGCAUAUAUAGUUUAUUCCUACAAGUCUUAUCAAGGAGUUUGUAAAUCAUGUAAGCAGUACACUAGGUAGAGGCAAAUCCCAUUAUACAUGUAGACAAUUAUCCUGAAAAUGGGAAUGUAAACUCAUCUUUUCACGAUUUCUUGAGCUAAAGAAGAUAUUAUACAAAAUAACUAUCAUAUAGUAUUAGACACUCUUUAUACUCCUUGGUUGAAUAUGUUUUUUUUAUAUGGAUAUAAUUAAUGUUACAGAAACGAGAAUCUUAACCAACAUCAUCAUUUUCAUAUUUGAUGAUGAUGACGACACAAUUAUGAUCAUCAACUAUUUUCUGUGCAUAAUGCAGAAAUUAGAAUGUUUAGUUUAGUGGCCCAUAGGGAAAACGCAAGGAAUGUGGUCUUGCGUAUAAUUUAGCGAAUAUAAUUAUUCCGCUAGUAUAAAAUCAACACUCUCAAAUAUGCCAACACUAAAUUAUUGGUUCAUGCCAAAUACUUGCUGGGUUGAACAUUUGACACCAAUAUGAUUUAAUUUCCGGCCCUCAUUUUUCAAAUUCAUGGUGAACCUCCAUUGGUGCAUCUGUGAAAUCUUAACCUUUAGAGUAGUUAGUUUCUGGGAUGUGGUUGUUGUGCUGUUUAACCUGUAACACA